GCUAUUGUUAGCCGAGGCGCAAGCUGCGUGAGUAGUGUCAGAGUUGAUCCCGUACUCACCAUCUACCUGCUGGACACAUUCUACACCGUCGACGAACAAAGUCGAACGAAAAGAGAAAGGGAAAGAGUUCGCGGAGGGAAGGGAAGAAGGAAGGAAGGAAGCGAGUAGGAAAUAAGGAAGUAAAUAAGGACGGCUUGGUUGGAACUCAACAGGUACUUCAAUGUGAGAGCAGCGGCGGGGACUUUCGGAUAUAUCACGCAGGAAAAACACACUCGCACACCGCGUCAAGAUGCCGCUGGGACCGUGGAGGAAGAAAAACAAGUCGACGAAGGAGCACCUGGUGGACAACGAAGAGGUCGGCGGCGGUCACGCUGGUGUCGGGACCGUGGGUAAGUCCACGGUGAAUGGAGCGGGACUCCCGCCUCCACCUGCCAACCUGCGGCCCAAACUGGUUUUCCACACGCAGCUGGCGCACGGAAGCCCCACGGGCCGGAUCGAGGGAUUCACCAACGUCAAGGAGCUGUACGCAAAAAUAGCAGAGGCGUUUAAUAUCAGUCCACCUGAGCUCCUGUUCUGCACCCUGAACACCCACAAGAUUGACAUGGACAAGCUGCUGGGGGGGCAGAUCGGCCUGGAGGAUUUUAUCUUCGCCCACAUUAAAGGGAUCAAGAAGGAGGUCGAAAUUUAUAAAUCUGAAGACGCUCUUGGUCUCACCAUCACAGACAACGGCGCAGGCUACGCUUUCAUAAAGCGCAUCAAAGAGGGCAGCGUCGUGGACGGGGUGAAGGUCAUCUGUGUCGGCGACCACAUAGAGUGCAUUAACGGGAGCAACAUUGUCGGGACGCGGCAUUACGAGGUGGCCCGCAUGCUCAAAGAGCUGCCCCGAGACAAGUCCUUCACACUCAAACUGGUCGAGCCGAUGAAGGCGUUUGAAAUGCUUGAGCCCAGGUCAAAGGGAGCCAAACCUGCCAGUGACAACAAGAUCGGCACAGGGAGGGGGACGCUGAGACUCCGCUCCAAAGGCCCGGCGACUGUAGAGGACGAGCCAACAGAAUUUGAGGAGAAGGCAGUGAAGAAAGUGGACGACCUCCUCGAGAGCUACAUGGGCAUCAGAGACACUGAACUCGCUGCUACAAUGGUCGAGGUCGGCCGCGACAAAAAGAACCCGGAUGAGUUUGCCAUGGCGUUGGACGAGACCCUCGGAGACUUCGCUUUCCCAGAUGAGUUUGUCUUUGACGUGUGGGGAGCCAUCGGUGACGCCAAGCAGGGAAGAUUUUAAUUUAAUUUGCUCCUGCUUCUGAAUCUCACACUCACAUACGCUCACACACACAGACACACACACACACACACACAGAUGCCGCCCCCCAACUCACCUCUUACCAUCCUCAGAAGCCAACUGGACAAACUUCAACAAGCACAAGCAGAGGUGGAUGAAGUGUUCGUACCAUCACUCCGUUGUUAGGUGUAGCUUUGCAUUGCGAUGGAAAGUCUGUCGGUCAAUGGAAAAAAUGUCACACGUCAGAUUUCAUUAAAUGUAGAAUUCCGUUUCCAACACUGGACAAGCCUCCUGCACGCAGAGGAAUAUAUUCAUUCAUUCAUUCCAGGUGUUUUAUCAAAGCGUUCAUAAAAUCACCAUGGGAGCAGGAUCGCUCUUAAGUGCUUCUUAAAAGCUCUUGACGCUGUUCCUCAGGUGGAACAGCCAACAUACUCUAACAGUGGUCUACUACACUGGUUUUAAAUGGUACGCGCGCAAACUUAAAUUGUAAAGCAAUCGCUCAGUUUUAAUCACUUGUUUUAAUAGCUGUGUCAUUUUAAUACAUGUGUGUGUCACACAGCUUUUUAUAGGCUUUUUUUUAUAUGUGAACAUGUGUAAUUAUAUAACUUGUAGCGAUAUUUUGUCACUUUUUUCCCUCCAUCCCAUCUUUUAAAAUCUUCUACAGGAUGUUAUGUUAAAAAUAUGUCAGCGUUUUCACCACGCUCACAUUACUAAUGUUGUUUUUAUUUUGUGAUUUUCUUUUAAUUCUUCCCUGUGCCCUUAAACAUCUCAGCUUGAGCCUCGUUUCCAUCCAUCAGAGACUGAGCUGUAACUGAGCAAUACCUUUAUAUGCCUUUUAAUUCAGGUUUGACUACAUACAUUCCUUAUGUUUCUUAUGGUAUUAUAGUCCGUUAGCACUGUUAUGUCAUGAACUGGGGCAUAUUUAGAGAAGCUUGUUUUUUUUCCCCCCCUCCUCCUCCCCUGUAAUUUAUUUCAUCAUGAAAAAUCAUAUGCUGUAAGACAUUUUGUACAGCGACAUGGGCUUGACAGGAAGAGACUGUCUGGAAUGGGAACAAUUGCAAUCCGAUGUCUUAAAAUAAAUGCACUCGCAUUGACGUAAACUGCACUAAUUAAAUCACUGUCAAACUGAAUUGAAAUAGUGACUUAAUUAGUGUCAUGUACUGGAUGUUAGCUGUUCACAGCAGUUGUAUAUUGUAUGACGAACCAUAAGGGAUCACUUGUUGGAUAGACAAUAAAAUUUGAUAUAGUUAUUUCA